AUGACAAUUUGUGUGCGGUAUGUUGAUACUAUAAAUUUCAUUAUAAGAGAAGACUUUUUGGGAUUUAUUGAAAUGACAUCAACUACAGGAAUGGCAAUCAGAGAUGCAAUUAAAUAUAAACUAGAAGGGAUUGGUCUGAGUAUGGAUAACCUUAGAGGCCAAGGAUACGAUGGUGGAGCUAACAUGGCUGGUAAAAACAAUGGUGUUCAAGCUUUAAUUUCAAAAGAACAGCCACAAGCCUUCUACACUCACUGUUUUAGCCAUUCACUGGACCUUUGUAUUUCAAAAGCAUGUGCAAUUCAUUCAAUUAAAAACAUGAUGGGAGUAAUUUCUGUGGUUUCAUCUUUUUUUUCUGCAUCUGCAAAACGCACAGAAAAACUAAAAUCCAUCAUAGAAGCUGACAUAACUGGUAAUAUUGAAUCAAAUAAACACAAAAAAACUAAACUUAAAAAACUCUGUGAUACACGUUGGGUUGAACUACAUAACUCCAUAAUUACAUUUAAAGAGUUGUAUGUAUUUAUAGUACUUGCAGUUGAAGAUCUCCAAAGCGAUGCCAACCAAGAAACUUCAAGUAAAGCAAUGUUGUAUUUAAAUUCUGUGACCAACAGUAAUUUUUUGGUAUCUUUAGAAGUUUCAGCUGUUUGCUUUGCCUUUACUGUGCAACUAAGUAUUGCUUUACAAAGCAAACAACAGGAUCUAUCAAAAGCGUUAUCAGAUGUGUUGGUUAUAAAAAGGGCUCUGGAAAGUUUACGUGGUGAGGCAGAUAAUAAAUUUAAACAAAUAUUUAAUGACGUUGUCACAAUGGGAAAAAGUGUAAAUAUUAAAAUAAAAAUGCCCCGAAUAUGUAAAAGACAAACUCAAAGAGUAAACGUUAUUUCUGAAAAUCCAGAAACAUAUUUUAAAUGUUCUACUUUUAUUCCUUUUCUUGACUAUUUAAUAGAAUCAAUGGAUACUCGUUUUAAUCAAAGGCUUACUGAUGUUAUGCCACUUGAAGGACUUAUUCCGGCCAAUUUAAAUAUGUACGAUGAUGAGAAUAUUAUAAAAGCUGCUAAAAUAUAUGGCCAAGAUCUCCAUGAUGAUACUCCAUCUACACUCAGAGCUAAGCUGUUCAUAUGGAGGCAACAAUGGAAUCAAAAUACUAUUCCAAAACCGAAUUCUGCUGUUGAUUCACUCUCUCAUUGCACCAAUCUCCAACCUAACAUUAAAAUACUUUUGCAAUUAUUUGCCACGUUACCAGUUACUUCGUCCACUCCUGAAAGAACGUUUUCUGCACUUAAUCGCUUAAAAAGUUAUUUAAGAAGCACCAUGUCGGAAAAUCGACUGAAUGGGUUAGCUAUGGCUAAUAUAAAUAAAAAAGAGAAAUUUGAUGAAAGUGAAAUAAUAACUGAAUUCGCUCGAAAUUCGCCCAAGAGGAUGCAGCUAUUAGAGUGGAGCAAGUGA